AUGUGGAGCUUGGGGCAUGUGGGGCUGCGGUGGGGGCAUGUGGAGCUUGGGGCAUGUGGGGCUGCGGUGGGGGCAUGUGGAGCUUGGGGCAUGUGGGACUGCGGUGGGGGCAUGUGGAGCUUGGGGCAUGUGGGGCUGCGGUGGGGGCAUGUGGAGCUUGGGGCAUGUGGGACUGCGGUGGGGGCAUGUGGAGCUUGGGGCAUGUGGGACUGCGGUGGGGGCAUGUGGAGCUUGGGGCAUGUGGGGCUGCGGUGGGGGCAUGUGGAGCUUGGGACAUGUGGGACUGCGGUGGGGGCAUGUGGAGCUUGGGGCAUGUGGGGCUGCGGUGGGGGCAUGUGGAGCUUGGGGCAUGUGGGGCUGCGGUGGGGGCAUGUGGAGCUUGGGGCAUGUGGGACUGCGGUGGGGGCAUGUGGAGCUUGGGGCAUGUGGGACUGCGGUGGGGGCAUGUGGAGCUUGGGGCAUGUGGGACUGCGGUGGGGGCAUGUGGAGCUUGGGGCAUGUGGGGCUGCGGUGGGGGCAUGUGGAGCUUGGGGCAUGUGGGGCUGCGGUGGGGGCAUGUGGAGCUUGGGGCAUGUGGGACUGCGGUGGGGGCAUGUGGAGCUUGGGGCAUGUGGGGCUGCGGUGGGGGCAUGUGGAGCUUGGGGCAUGUGGGACUGCGGUGGGGGCAUGUGGAGCUUGGGGCAUGUGGGACUGCGGUGGGGGCAUGUGGAGCUUGGGGCAUGUGGGGCUGCGGUGGGGGCAUGUGGAGCUUGGGGCAUGUGGGGCUGCGGUGGGGGCAUGUGGAGCUUGGGGCAUGUGGGGCUGCGGUGGGGGCAUGUGGAGCUUGGGGCAUGUGGGACUGCGGUGGGGGCAUGUGGAGCUUGGGGCAUGUGGGGCUGCGGUGGGGGCAUGUGGAGCUUGGGGCAUGUGGGACUGCGGUGGGGGCAUGUGGAGCUUGGGGCAUGUGGGACUGCGGUGGGGGCAUGUGGAGCUUGGGGCAUGUGGGACUGCGGUGGGGGCAUGUGGAGCUUGGGGCAUGUGGGGCUGCGGUGGGGGCAUGUGGAGCUUGGGGCAUGUGGGACUGCGGUGGGGGCAUGUGGAGCUUGGGGCAUGUGGGACUGCGGUGGGGGCAUGUGGAGCUUGGGGCAUGUGGGACUGCGGUGGGGGCAUGUGGAGCUUGGGGCAUGUGGGGCUGCGGUGGGGGCAUGUGGAGCUUGGGGCAUGUGGGACUGCGGUGGGGGCAUGUGGAGCUUGGGGCAUGUGGGACUGCGGUGGGGGCAUGUGGAGCUUGGGGCAUGUGGGACUGCGGUGGGGGCAUGUGGAGCUUGGGGCAUGUGGGACUGCGGUGGGGGCAUGUGGAGCUUGGGGCAUGUGGGGCUGCGGUGGGGGCAUGUGGAGCUUGGGGCAUGUGGGACUGCGGUGGGGGCAUGUGGAGCUUGGGGCAUGUGGGACUGCGGUGGGGGCAUGUGGAGCUUGGGGCAUGUGGGGCUGCGGUGGGGGCAUGUGGAGCUUGGGGCAUGUGGGGCUGCGGUGGGGGCAUGUGGAGCUUGGGGCAUGUGGGGCUGCGGUGGGGGCAUGUGGAGCUUGGGGCAUGUGGGACUGCGGUGGGGGCAUGUGGAGCUUGGGGCAUGUGGGACUGCGGUGGGGGCAUGUGGAGCUUGGGGCAUGUGGGACUGCGGUGGGGGCAUGUGGAGCUUGGGGCAUGUGGGGCUGCGGCAGCUGGCGUCAGUGGCGCCGCUGCGGGAUCUACACCAUGUGAAGAGAGUGCGGAGGACAGGGGAAGGCCGGGCCGUCUCGCUGCACGUUGUGCUGACACCUGGCAGCGAUCCAUUGGCUCUUCCUGAGCCUCUGCUACAGCUGGUGACUCAGCACGGGCUGGAGCCUGUUGUAACUCAGGUGCCGGCCCACGCCCCUCGCACAAAGGAGCGGUGGCAGGAGCAACAGUCAGUCUGGCCCACAUCCUUCCACCCACCGCUGCCUGGCAGUGGCGCUGCUGCUCCCCCCUCCACAGUCACACCGGCUGCAGCCACAUACAUCCAACAGUGCUUCCGAGCGAUUGUAGAGAAGGCCGUGAAGGCUUGUGAGGGAAGAGCGGGCAGCGAUGCUCGUGAGCGAGUGACUAUAUAUAAAGGGAAGGAGGGAGGCAGAGAAUUGAAUGGCCAAGGGGAUGACUGUGGAGAGAGGAGAGAGAGGGCGGAGAGGGUGGAGGUGGGGGAAAGAGAGGAGAAGCUAGGGGAGGCUGUGGAUAUGAGGCACCAGGAGGAGGGACCUGGGGGACGUUGGGAGGAGGGACACGGGAAGCUGCAUCAGUGCGGUUCAUGUGGCCACACUGAACCGUUGAGUGCGGAGAAUGGGGAAAGAGAGGAGAAGCUAGGGGAGGCUGUGGAUAUGAGGCACCAGGAGGAGGGACUUGGGGGACGUUGGGAGGAGGGGUGGCACCAGUGCGGUUCGUGUGACCAUCACCCCGUUCUCUCUUCCACUUCCCCCCGUUCUCUCUUCCACUUCCCCUCAAUCCUCUCCCUCUCACCCCGUUGUCUCUCCCUAAACCCCCAUUCUUUUGAGGCGCCUCAAAAGUCGUUGGAGGAGAAUUUCGCACGAGGGAGGUUGGGGCAUCCCUUGGGGCAUGCGGUGAUGGUUGCGAUUGCUGCUGCUGCUGCCUGGGACCGAGCACUGUUCCCCAGUGAGGCGGCACAGGACAAAACACUGUUCAUGGAUGGCGGUGGGGAGGAGUCAAGGGGUGCAGCUUUAUCAGAAAGGGGUGGUUCUGAGGCUGCACAGGGGGAGGAGAAAGAGGAGAGAGAAGGGGAGCAGGGGGAAGGGGAGCAGCGAAAGAUCGAGCUGGAUGGGGAAGGGGAAGAGGUGAGGGAAGCGGGCAUGGAGGCGAAGAGAGAUGGCAAGUGGCCUCCUUUGAAAAGGCGAAAGGGCAAUGAUGUUCAGGGACUAGGUGACCCAGCACGGUCUGCUGUCUCUCCAAAUGCACCGCCAUGCUCUGCUGUCCGCCCAUACCUCUGCACGGGCUUCGAUGCCUUCCUGCUGCAUGAGCCCUGCAUCAUGUGUGCAAUGGCAUUGGUGCAUCAGCGUGUGCGUCGAGUCUUCUAUGCCAUUCCCAGUGCGGAAGGAGGAGCGCUGGGCAGCUGCUGGAAGCUGCAUGGGGUCAAGUCUCUUAACCACCACUAUGAGGUGUUUAGGGUUGACCUCAGUCAACUCUUCAGUCAACUACCACAGUGA